AGGGGUGGGGGUACUGGUCCGUGCACCUACGUCCUCCGCACCGGCGACCGCGCGGGUGACCAGUGCGGGGGUGCGCACUCCACCCAGCGCUGCUUUGGCCGCCUGACGGACGCUUGGCGUCACCAGUUCCCUGAGGCCACUGAGAUCCCCCGCUGGGGUGAGCUGUCUAGGGCGGGUGUAGCUGUCUUUGACCUUGACUUUGAUGCUAUUCUUGCUGCCAUGUAUACUGUGACUAUUAGUGAUGAGGGUGACUGUUACCGGUGUUUUCCGCCUGACCCGGGCAUUGAGACUGCUGCUCUAGGUACUGGUGAGGCUGCUGCUCUAGGUGCUAGCGAGGCUGCUGCUCUAGGUGCGUCUGCUCCCUCAGGUGCUGGUGAGUCUGCUCUCUCAGGUUCUGCGUCGGCUUCGGCCUCCCACACCUUCACCCUUGACUCGGGGGCUUCUCGCUCCUUCUUUCGAGACCGCACCACACUCACGCCGCUUGGCCGGCCAGUUGCAGUCUCUCUGGCAGACCCCUCUGGGGGUCCUGUCCUUGCUCACUUCUCCACUGUCCUCCCUGGUGCUGACCUACAGGAUGCGGGGGUUCACCAGUUCACUCCUGCGAGUCAGCGGGUGACCCACUGCACGGACGCUCGGACAGGCCGACACCUGGCCACGUUUACACGUCGGCCGGGUUCGAGCCUGUACACACUGACCACUGCGUCUCUUCCGGUCACUGCGUCUGGUCAGGUAGCUGCGUCAGGUCAGGUGUUUGCUGCAGCGUCCAGGUCUGGUCCUGAGUCUGCCCCCUGUUCGUGUCGCCUCCUGUCUCACGAGACUCUCCUCUGGCACCACCGCCUUGGUCACCCCUCUCUGCUUCGUCUCCGAGGCAUGGCCUCCCGUGUCCUUGUCUCUGGUCUUCCCGGGUCCCUCCCUCCCCUUCCUCCGGGGCCUGGCCCUACCUGCGUCCCCUGUGUCGAGGGGCGGCAGCGGGCUGCCCCUCACUCCUCUCAGUUUCCUCCGACAGAGGCCCCGCUGCAGACGCUUCACAUGGACGUGUGGGGCUCGGCCCGCGUCCGUGGACAGGGUCACGAGCGCUACUUCCUGCUGGUGGUUGACGACUACUCGCGUUACACCACAGUCUUCCCCUUGCGCAGCAAGGGUGAUUUCACUGAGGUGUUGAUCGACUGGAUCCGCGCAGCUCGUCUCCAGCUCAGGCAGAGCUUCGGCUCGGACUUUCCUGUUCUGCGUCUGCACUCUGACAGAGGUGGAGAGUUCUCCUCUGGCCUUCUGCGAGCCUACUGUCGUGCACGAGGCAUCCGCCAGACCUUCACGCUUCCGGACUCUCCACAGCAAAAUGGGAUUGCUGAGCGCCGCAUUGGCAUGGUCAUGGACGUCGCCCGUACGUCCAUGAAUCAUGCGGCUGCCCCCCAUUUUCUGUGGCCGUUUGCUGUUCGGUACGCGGCGAAUCAGAUCAACCUUCACCCCAGGGUCUCCAUGCUGGAGACCUCCCCAGCCUUGCUGUGGACGUGGAAGGUUGGCGAUGCGUCUGCGUUCCGUGUCUGGGGAUCUCGGGCGUUUGUCCGCGACUUGUCUGCGGACAAGCUGUCCCCUCGUGCUGCUCCUUGCGUCUUCCUUGGCUUCCCCCCUGACGCGCCAGGGUGGCAGUUCUACCACCCCACCUCUCGCCGUGUUCUGUCCUCCCAGGACGUCACGUUUGACGAGUCGGUCCCCUACUACCGCCUCUUCCCCUACCGCACUCCGUCCCUCCCCCCGCCACCGCUCUUCCUUGUGCCAGGUCCCCCCCCGGUAGACCCCCUCCCCCCUCAGGGUCCUGCCCCUUCAGGUGUGUCCCAGGUAGACGCAGUCGAGCCUGUCGAGGUUACUGGUGACUCUGGUGCUGAGCCUGGGGGUGCUGACUCUGGAGGUGCUGAGCGUGUGGGUGCUACGCCUGGGGGUGCUGAGCCUGAGGGUGCUACUACUGGGGGUCCUGAGCCUGGGGGUGCUGAGCCUGGGGGUGCUACGCCUGGAGGUGCUGAGCCUGGGGGUGCGGAGCUUGAGGGAGCUGGGCCUGCUCGUGUGGUGUCUGGAGGUGCUGAGCCUGGAGGUUCUCCGGGUGCUUCGUCUCGGCGGGAGCCACUCUCUCCACAGGAGCUGCGCGAGUGGUUUGCCCGGCGCUGGAGGCGUGCUGCUGGAGCUGGAGGUUCUUCGACUACUGAGGGUGCUGGUGCCGCGGGUCCCGGAGGUGCUCGUACUGGGAGUACUGGAGCUGCUAGGCCUGCGGGUACGACUGGAGCUGGAGCUGCUGAGGGUGUUGGCGCUGAGGCUACUGCUGUCGGUCCUGGAGGCGGUCCUGCUGGGGGUGCAACUGGUGCUGCUGGAGGUACUGGAGCUGGAGGUGCUGCUGGCGCUGGUGCUGCCGCUGGGGGUACUGGUGCUGUCCCUGCUGUGUCUGGAGUCGCCGCGCGGCCUCGGCCGUACUUCGUUCCGCUCCUUCAGCAGGUUCUUGGUCUCCCGCCUUCUACUGGUCCUCCUCCUCCCUUAGAGUGUCCACAGCCUGUCCCGUCACAGUUACAGUUACAGCCGGCCUCCCCACUGCCUGCUCCUUCUCCCUACACUGGUCCUACUGGAGGUCUUGCUGAGCGUCGUGAGCCAGCGUCUCGCCCUGCGUCGCCUGUCCGUGCUGCUCGCACUAGUGGUCGUGGUUCGCGUCAGCGUCCUCCUCCUGUCCCUGGCACGCACCGGAUGUCUCUGCGUCCGUCCACUGCUCCUCUGCGUGCCCCUUUGCCUUCUCCUCCUGAGUCCUCUCUUCCUGCUCUUCCUGACCCGGAGUCGGACUCUCUUCGUGCUGCCAGUCCUACUGUCACGCGUCUCCUUGCUACUGUCGUCACUGACCCUUCCUUUGAGUCCACUGCUGCGUCUGCCCUAGUUACUGAGCUCGUCGACUUUGCUGCUCGCUGUCGUCUAGACUACGCUGCUAGUCUUGUUGCUGAGUCUGAGUCUGUCUGUCCUCCGUCCGUCGGGGGUGAGUGUGCCCUUGGCACGGACGUCCUUGAGGACAGGCAGGAGGAGUUCCAGUGUUUGGCUGCUGCUUCACCUCAUCUCGUGUCCGUACUGCUUACCCCUGAGGGAGACCCGGAUGCACUUGACAUCCCGACUCCGCGCUCUUACGCGGAGGCGAUAGAGGGUCCCUACUCCUCUCAGUGGCAGGCAGCUAUGGACGCAGAGAUGGCUUCCUGGAAGUCCACAGGCACCUACGUUGACGAGGUUCCCCCGCCUGGGGCGAACAUCGUCAGUGGCAUGUGGAUUUUCAGGGUGAAGCGGCCGCCAGGUUCUCCGCCUGUCUUCAAGGCGCGUUACGUGGCUCGUGGCUUCAGUCAGCGGCAGGGAGUUGACUACUUUCAGACCUUCUCUCCCACCCCGAAGAUGACCACUCUUCGGGUACUGCUGCACAUAGCUGCUCACCGCGACUACGAGCUGCACUCUCUUGACUUCAGCACUGCUUUCUUGCAGGGCAGCCUGCACGAGGAGAUCUGGCUGCGUCGCCCACCUGGCUUCACUGGAUUUAUAUGA